AUGCAACCAGUUCUGAGGGUCUCUCUUUUCGGACAGUCCGAUAUCAUCCAAAUUCGGAAUCUGGGGAUACCCAGGCCCAGCAGUCAAUCGUCAUCACGAACCACGCGUCGGCAUCGAGCGGGCCAUCUUGGCGUUGUACUUGCGACCGCAGCCGAGCCGACAAUGACGCACACGACUGGUCUCGGCGUUGGCUCGGCCGGAAGCCGCCACCGAGCGGUGAUUGGCGGCGGCGCGGAAUGCCAAGAGCGGGAAUCUGGGCAUUUCCUGGGCAUCCCUCCGCGCGACACCUCCCAAGCCCGGCGAUAA